UCCUCCUCGCGGAUUUCUCUUGAAUGAUUUCGCCCACACUUGUCUUCUUAUUCAUUUCAAACAAGCGAAACAUAUUUGUUGUUGAGGGAACACGAAGAUAAAUGAAAUGUCUGCAAAGCCAACGUGUUUGAUUGUGGCGAGUGCGUCUCCUCAAGGGGUGUCAGCGACGUCUUUCCAUCAGUCCUUCAGCCUUUGUACCUCAGUGUUUAACCUCCAGACAGCCACACCUGGGGGGAAGCCGAUAGACUUUGUUGGAGUCGAUGAAAACACUGCUCGAUGGGUGCAGGACUUCAACCUGAAACCCUACGCAACACCAGCCAAACUUGAAUCUAUAGAUGGUGCUCGAUACCAGGUGCUGCUCAUCCCGGACUGUCCCGGAGCGCCGAAUGACCUGGCACACAGCGGCUCGCUGCACCGCAUUCUCACACACUUCAUCUCUCACCAAAAGCCUGUUUGUGCAGUGGGACAAGGAGUGUCUGCACUGUGCUGUGCCACUGAGGGACAGAAGUGGAUCUUCAAUGGCUACAGCUUAACAGGGCCGUCGGUGUUUGAACUGGUGCGGAGGCCUGACUUUGCCAACCUGCCCUUGGUCGUGGAAGACUUUGUGAAAGACAGUGGUGGAUCAUACACAGCAAGUCAAGAAGAUGCUGUGCAUGUAGUAAUAGACAGACACCUCAUAACUGGCCAGAAUAUGCAGUCAACCUCACUUGCUGUAAAUAAUCUGAUCCUGCUGUCGAGUGCCAAAUAAAAACAAAAGUUUACCAUCAGGAGCAUUGAAAUUCAACUGCUUGGUUGUUCCACAUUUAUAUUCAUGUAAUUAAACAUUCAUCUCAGACAAAUAUUGGCAGAUGCUGGGUCAGAACCGAUGUUUGGCACCACUGUAAAUACAACUUCAUUACUUCUCAAUGCUGUUAUUGUAAACACAAUGAAUGGCACACAAUCAAAUGUCAUGAUUCAAAGAUAGGAGAGAGAAAAAGCAGUUUUGAAGGUUGAUGUCUGUGGUACGUGAACAAGAGGAGAAUAUAACCUUUUAUUCAAACGUUAUACAUGUUGAUGAUCAUGCACCCUCUGUUGUUGAAGGGAGACGAGUCACUGCACUUUGACUAAACUGUACAAGUUGAUUUUUCUUUUUUCCACAAUACCACCGACGAUGACGAAUAAAACAUACUGAAGUACCUGUGUCUGCUGCUAGUAUCGUUUAAAUCAACAAAUCCCAGAUUUGUUCAUGUAGAGAAGAUUUCUCAACACUUUCAUGACCCUCAAACAAGUUGAGCAUUAACUAAAUCCUGUCAACACCUCGUUUCAGAGUUCAUGUAAGCCUAACUUGUAAAACGAAAAAUGGAUAGAUAAGACCGGCAUAAAGCUCCUGAAUAUUUGGUGCUUGGUGUUCAAAGAGAGUAAAAUCCAUAUGCUGCUGGUCCAAAGUCUUCACUAUCAAGUCCAACUCUCAUAGGAGAUCAUAGAAGUAGUCCAGUCCUUGUCCUAAUUCCCAUAAGGAAAUUCCUGUUCCCAGUUCAGUAGCUAAAGAGAUCCUCAGGAAGAGUGACUGUAAAAAAGUAAAAAAAAAAGUGAGUCUCCCCAUGUAGCAGUAAACAUAAUGAAAACACUUCUUUAAUAAUCUUAAAAUGUGCUAAAGACUUACCUUCAGUGACGGAUAGUACACCACAUGCUUAACGGCAUUGUUCCUGAAAUGAACGUCACAGAUCUCGUUAACUGAUGCUGUGAGAAGUUUCAAAUUGAAGCCAUAAUUUGUUGACUUUGAGUGUAGUUAAAUCAGCACCUCUUGUAGCUGAAAUAAUGCUCCGCAGAAUAUUCGUCCCAGAGAAGCUUUGGCCUGUUUUCUCGCAAAAUCUCGAUGUACCUUCAGGAAAUCAGAGACAAAUGUAAAAGCAUGUUCAAGGACCUUUCCUGUUCUCAGCAGACUACGACUUCUUGGCUUCUUGCUAUUGUACUGUCUCACCCAAAUUUGCAAUUUCGUAGAGUUAGAAUAGUUUUGGUUGUAUCUCUAUGAUCAAUUUUGAUUAUCUUUUGAAAAUCAUCCAUCAGGAGUCAGACAAUGUUUACCACAAUGCGAAAUCAGAUUGAAACAUAUAAAAAUGUAAAUAAGGUAUUCCAGCAGUAGUCACAGUACUAUCUCACCUUCCUCCCAGGACUGGCUCGGUUCCCUGGCUUGCAAAAUCAAGGCCAUACAAAUUGAGUCCAAGCAGGAUCUUUUCCCUCCACUGAGUGUUGGGAGCAAGUUGUAGAACACAGUCUCUCACCCAAGGCAGCGGGGAGCUCGGGCCCGGUCUGUUAUAAAUAAAUAAAAAUUUAAAAAACAGAUAACAUUGCCUGCAUUAAUGCUGUGCAUCUUCUUGUAGCUGUCAGUUGCUCUACUGUCACUACCUGAAACAUUUCCAUCUAUAGACCUCACUGUGUCUGUGACACUCACCUGGCACCGCUGGAGUAGUCGUAUGUCAUCAGGCUGAAUCCAUUUACUACAGGGGCCAACUGCUCAAACUCCUCCCUGCCAAACAUACCCGGCUCCCCCACACUGAUGGUGAUGAAAAACAUUAAUUAAAGAGAAGUCAGCACCAAUUUCGGUGCACUUUGAAAAAUGUUUAGCUUUUGUAGGCGCUGAAAGAAAACUCAUUUUCAUUCACCUUGUCACAGCAGGUGGGAUGACAAGAAUGCAGUCUAAUCGUUUUGCCUUCAAAGUCUCACAUACGUGUUUCACCAUAUGGACCAGCUCCCUGUACAGAGAUUUUACACAUUUGAUUAUUUUUAUUUCCGUCAUCACCUCUGACAAAAGAAAAUAUGCUGAUCAGAUACAGAUGUGUCAACAGAAGAACUCACUUUCUUUUGUUACCUCCCAGCUGGCUCCACAACUCCAACGCGAAACCAUCGAAACCUUCAGUCUGCAAGGCCACAGCUUCAUUAGACAGACGCAGGACAAACACCGUCGCAAAGGGAGUGAAAGCUAAACACAGCACUUACUUACCUUUGCAACAUCCACUAGCUCACUUCCCAGCUCUUCAAUUUCAUCUUCACUCCCCAGCACACUCGUGUAAUCCUGGUAAGACCAGCCAUCAAAUAACAGCCGAGGCACUGAGGGUAAAGACAAGGAAGCAUCUAAAAUGAAUAACCAAACAAUGGACUCAUCUGAAAGCACUUGCACAUAUUAACAGUUCUGCGUUGUGGGCAGUGGGGACAUCUACUCACCCAUUCGGACUUUUUUGUUAGACUUGCGUACGGCUUUGACCCAGCCUGGACAGACAAAAAGAUCCCUUUAUGUACAUUAAUCACUGGAAAAUAUCUUCCAUUUGACUGUCAGUGGCGUGGCGCCUUUACCUGGGUCAUGAUCGUGGAGUCCUGUAACAUCAAAGGUUUCGGGUCCCCGCCGGCGCAGCUGAAGCCAAACUGGACACACUGAAGUUAGUUUAGCACCAAACGUCUUGGCAACAUCAUAACCGUGGGAAUUCCACUGGAAGAUGAGGGGGGGGGGGGAAUAAGACAUGUAAUUUAGAGGUAUUUAGUCAAAACAACCUACUGUACACACAAACAAUGUCUAUGUGUAUGUUGAAGGAAUUAUCGGUCACUGCAAUCAUUCUUCCUUUCUACACCGACAGGAAAGCGAUAACGGCCGCAUACAUAAGCAGUAAGAGGGCUACUUCUAAAGAUAUGGGCCAGAAGUGAAAAUCAUUUUCAUUGUUCAGCUUCAUCACCUCAGAAAAUAAAAAGACCAUCACAAUUCACAGACACUAAAUUUACCAUCAUAUAAGACGAAUGAAAGCCGUAAAUCUAUAUUGUAGAGAAGCUGGCAUCAGCAAAUACUUGGUAUUUGUGCUUGGAAAAAAAAAAAAAAAAAAAAGGAGUUCAAUGAUGAAUUCAUCAUCAAUGCAGUGACCAAUUCAUUCUCUGUGUAAUCAACUAAUAGUUUCGGCUCGACCAAAGUUAUUCUUUUUAGUUUGUCUCCAAGAAAUUGAAAGUGUGCCUUCACAGUCGAGUCCUUUUAGUUUAAGUACUUUUAUAGUUACUUUGCAAAGUAACAGUCUGAUGACACACAAAGACGGCGUGUUACAAUAAACAGAUACAUUUUGGGAGGUACUUCAUUUGACUAAGAAAACCACAGGGACAAACACUUCCAAUGUACUCGUGGGCAUGUGAGUGUUGCAUUAAGACAGACUUGAAAUAAUCUGAACCUUUAAUGCUGUGUUGUCAAAUGUUGAACAGCAACAUGUAUGCCGGUGACUUACAGGGGUGACAUAUCCGAGCACCGGUCCUUGAAAGGUUCUCUUGAUCUGAGCCCAGUGUCUCUUCUCCUCCUUCACUAUGUCUUUCCAGGGCGGGUCUGACACCACGAGGCCUCUCUCCAACACAGACAACUCAGCUGGAGAUGUCUAGACAGUGAGAUCAAAUGGAAAAACAGCCAUAAUCGUGACUGAUAUGACUGGUGAGGAUCAGGGCCUCUUCCUGGUCCUAGACCAGUCCAGUAACAUAUGCCAGGCAAACAGAGAAGGACUUGUAUGACCUGAACUGACAGCAUAACAGUUUACACACCCAUUCACCCAUGAAGUAUA